AUGUCUGAAAAACGCCCUCGUGAAUCAGGUGAGGUGGAAGUGGAGCCACUGCUGCGCGAGAACCCAGACCGCUAUGUCUUAUUUCCUAUCAAGUACCACGACGUCUGGCAGAAAUACAAGGAGGCCGAGAGCAGUAUCUGGACAGUGGAGGAGAUUGAUCUGGGCAAUGAUAUGGUGGACUGGGAGAAGCUGAACGAUGGGGAACGACACUUCAUCAAGCACGUCCUUGCGUUCUUCGCUGCGAGUGACGGAAUUGUGCUGGAGAACUUGGCACAGCGCUUCAUGACAGAGGUGCAGGUGCCUGAAGUGCGCUGCUUCUACGGGUUCCAGAUCGCCAUUGAGAAUGUGCACUCCGAGACGUACUCAGUGCUGCUGGAUACGUACAUCACCGACUUGGUAGAGAAGGAUCGUCUUCUGCAUGCCAUCUCAACGAUUCCAUGUAUCCAGAAGAAGGCGGAGUGGGCGAUCCGGUGGAUCCGCAGUGCCGACUCGUUCGCAGAGCGUCUCGUUGCAUUCGCCGCGGUGGAGGGUAUAUUCUUCUCUGGCUCAUUCUGCGCACUGUUCUGGCUGAAGAAGCGUGGUCUGAUGCCCGGACUGACGUUCAGCAACGAGCUCAUCUCGCGGGAUGAGGGUCUGCAUACCGACUUUGCGUGCCUCUUGUAUGAGAACUACAUUGUCAACAAGCUGCCAAAGGAGCGAAUCCAUGAGAUCAUCCUCGAGGCGGUGGAGAUCGAGCGCGAGUUCAUCUGCGAUGCGCUUCCAGUGCGACUGAUCGGGAUGAACUCGGAUCUCAUGGCAACAUACAUUGAAUUCGUGGCGGACCGACUGCUGGUCGCACUUGGCAACGAACGACAUUACAAAUCAAAGAAUCCGUUUGACUUUAUGGAGAUGAUUUCGUUGCAGGGCAAGACGAACUUCUUUGAGAAGAAGGUUGGUGAGUACCAGAAGGCGGGCGUGAUGAGCGCGGAUGGUAGCACCAAGGUUUUCUCACUGGACACGGAUUUCUAG